AUGAAGAGGCAGAACGUGCGGACCCUGUCCCUGAUCAUCUGCACGUUCACCUACCUGCUGGUGGGCGCCGCCGUCUUCGAUGCCCUGGAGUCCGACCACGAGAUGCGGGAGGAGGAGAAGCUCAAAGCCGAGGAGAUCCGGCUCAAGGGGAAGUACAACAUCACCAGCGAGGACUACCGGCAGCUGGAGCUGGUCAUCAUGCAGUCCGAGCCCCACCGCGCCGGCGUCCAGUGGAAAUUUGCUGGCUCUUUCUACUUUGCCAUCACGGUCAUCACCACCAUCGGUUAUGGGCAUGCUGCCCCGGGGACUGAUGCAGGGAAGGCCUUCUGCAUGUUUUACGCUGUCCUGGGGAUCCCACUGACACUGGUCAUGUUCCAGAGCCUGGGCGAGCGCAUGAACACCUUUGUCAAGUACCUCCUGAAACGCAUCAAAAAGUGCUGCGGGAUGAGGAGCACGGAGGUCUCCAUGGAAAACAUGGUCACUGUGGGUUUCUUCUCUUGCAUGGGAACCCUCUGCAUUGGAGCGGCAGCCUUUUCCCAAUAUGAGGAAUGGAGCUUUUUCCACGCUUACUAUUACUGCUUUAUAACAUUGACUACGAUAGGGUUUGGAGACUAUGUGGCCCUGCAGACCAAAGGGGCCCUUCAAAAGAAGCCACUGUACGUGGCUUUUAGCUUUAUGUACAUCCUCGUGGGGUUGACAGUCAUUGGGGCAUUUCUAAAUCUGGUUGUUCUCAGGUUCUUAACCAUGAACAGUGAGGACGAGAGGCGGGAUGCUGAGGAGCGGGCAUCCCUGGCAGGGAACCGCAACAGCAUGAUUAUCCACAUCCAAGAGGACUCCCAGCACGGUCGGCCGCGGUACAAGGCCGAAGUAACAGACCUUCAAUCCGUUUGUUCCUGCAUGUGUUACAGGUCCCACGAGUACACCAGCCGGGUGGUGUCCCACCAAAAUUCGUUCAGCUCCAAGCUGAACCCUCAGUACUUUCACUCCAUCUCUUACAAGAUAGAGGAGAUCUCACCAAGCACAUUAAAAAACAGCCUUUUCCCAUCUCCCGUUAGCUCCAUCUCACCUGGGUUGCACAGCUUUACAGAUAACCACAGGCUGAUGAAAAGGCGAAAGUCCAUUUAAAGUGAUCGGUCUUCUUUUGCUCUUCUUGUUUCCCCCAAUUCUUUUUUGGUUCCUUGAGUGAGACGGAGCGAGGCC